CUGUAAUUUAUUUCUGUGAUGCGCAGCUGUAUUUUCAGCAUCAUUACUGCAGUCUUCAGCGUCACAUGAUCUUCAGAAAUCAUUCUAAUAUACUGAUUUGCUGCAAAAGAAACACUUCUGAUUAUUAUCAAUGUUGAAAACAGUUCAAUAUUUUUGUGGAAACCGUGAUACAUUUUAUUUUUCAGGAUUCACAGAUGAAUAGAAUUGAUUUGAAAUAGAAAUCUACUGUAACGUUAUAAAUGUCUUUACUGUCACUUUUGAUCAAUUUAAUGCAUCCUUGAUGAAUAGACGUAUUUAAUGUUUGAACAGUGUUUGAUACUCAUCCGUGUGUUUUCAUGCUGCACAGCGACAGAAACCACCACAGUAUUUUCCAGUGGGAAACGCACUGCUUUUGGCCUGUUACGUAUCCUAUUUUUUGUCCCACAGUGAAGAAACGGUUCAUCUGAUUAGUUGAUGUAGAAGUGUGUCACAAGUCUAUUAAUUCCAGCAAAUUAUUCCUUCAAACAAAGAGCUCCGUUUUCCUGAAGAUUGUGCAAUUUCAAGCGAUCAGAUUAUGAUCCUGAGCUGUGAGCGACUCAGUUUGAGCUCAUUCGAGCCGGAGAAGGUCCAUGGAGCAGCAGCGACUGUUGAUUUUGGAGAUUUUUCUGUUUAGUUUGAUUCUGAAUGUACUGGUUUUAGACUGGAAACAUCCAGUUUUGAUUGCCUCAACCAGUUUAUCUUGAGGUUCAUCAGUGCUUAGCUGAAGUUUGGGAAGUCAAGCUAGUUAAAGAGUGAGAUAUUCCCCCACAUCUCGUCCUCUGUUUCCCGUGUUGUGGCAUUGGUCCGCUCUUCCUGUCGCAGGAUGCUGGGCUGCGCUGAUGUUCCUGUGCGGAGCGUUCUGGCUCUGAUGUGUUUACACGCUGAGGAGCUCACAGGCGCUCGACGCGGUCAGCUGCGGACUCCUGCCCUCCGCAGGACCAGCGGCACCAAGAACCAGAGCAGGAUGCCGUGGGGAAGAAACGCGGGUCAGUCGCGGCUGCUGAGCAAAACGGCUGGACACGCUCCUGUCAGGGACUGCAGCCUCACCGCGAUGAAUGUUGAGUCCUGGGCGGACUCACCUGACCUCCCGACCCCGCAGCAGCCCGACAGGUUAUGCCUGGAGUCCUUCUGGAGCGAAGUGGAGACCAUACGGAGCGACUCGGAGCCAGACAGCAGCAGACGAGAUUCCCGACAAUCCGAAGACGGCGAGCAGGAAGAGCUCUGGCUGCAGGAUGCUGGUUUGUCUCCGCUGGUAACAGGUGAAGAAGAGGACGUCGAUAAAGCCGUUCUGUUGUCGACUCUCACUAAGACUCAAGCAGCUGCGGUUCAAAGACGCAUCGACUCGUACACGUGCUCGCUGCGCAAGAGGAACAAAACGCCACCGCGACACGUCAGAGACGUCUUCUCUUCCCCCAUUGCACAGUCAGCAGUUCCUGAGACACACAACAGCGAACCUGACGCACACAGAAACAUGGAGAGUGUGACAAAGACACAACGAUCAGCUGUCAGCGGUCAGGAGACUCAAGGGCUGCAGAUGGACGAGAUCUUUAUCACAGACGUGGCGUAUUGUGAACAAGCUGCCAUCUUACUGAAACAAGCCAAACUACCACAGAACAACAGCAGCCAGUGCAGGAGAGACGACGGAGCACUGCCGCGGGUCAUCUGUCCGCAGUGCCGGCUGGGAGUGACGCGGGUGCUGGAUCUUUCCCAGCAGGACAUGAAGAAGGUUCGUCAGCUGGCUCUGAUUGACAUGACGGCGCUCUGUGACCUGCUGGGGCUCGAGGUCAAACGACACAAAACCUGCAAACGGAAAAUCCCUGAGAGCUGUUUGUUUGGCGUUCCUCUCGCCUCAUUGGUGGAGAGCGAUCAGAAGAUCAAACCCAACACUCAGAUCCCACUCUUCCUCCAAACACUUCUGUCGUUUCUGGAGAAGAAGGGUCUCGAUUCUGAAGGGAUUCUGCGGGUUCCAGGGUCUCAGUCCAGAAUCAAAGUGCUGCAGCAGAAGCUGGAGAACUCGUUUUACAGCGGUUCGUUCAGCUGGGACGAGGUCAGUCCUAAUGACGCCGCCGCUCUGCUCAAGAAGUUCAUCCGUGAACUCCCGGCGCCGCUGCUGACCGCAGAACACCUCAACACCUUCAGCGCCGUCAGAGAUAUUGCAGACCUGAAACAGAAGCUGCACAUGUUGAAUCUUCUUGUGCUGCUGCUGCCAGAACCCAACAGAAACACACUGAAGGCGCUGCUGGAGUUCCUCAGUAAGGUGGUCUUAAGCGAGCGGCGCAACCGCAUGAACCUGUGGGCCGUCUCCACCAUCAUGGCUCCAAACCUCUUUCUUCACAAGGCCGUUCCCAGUAAACUAGCAGUGGACGGUCCAGAGAAGGGUCAGGCGGAGCGGGCGGCCGACAUCAUGAGACUCCUCAUCCGCUACCAGGACCUGCUGUGGACGGUUCCUAACUUCCUGUUGAGUCAGGUGAGGAAGCUUAACGAGAACAGCAGCCGUCGUUACCAGUUCUACGACAAACGCAUCAAGCACCUGCUCAGGAAGAUCCACACGGACAGCAGAGACAAACCAGACAAGAACUCCGGCGAGCAGUGUCGUACUGUAAAGAUCCAGCUGGGUGACGUGAGUUUCUCGAUGGAGUUUCGUCUCACUAUUAAUUCUCGUGCAUCAGACCUGAUGUCACAGUUUUAUAAAGAACUACAUGCCUCUGACAACAGCAGGGGACUCCUGAAACGAAAUGGUUCAACAACCUACCCGGACUGUGCCAUCUAUGAAGUGGGUGGAAAUAUUGGUGAACAUUGUUUGGAUCCAGAGACUCAUUUGUUCGACCUGUACAACAACAACCCCGGCGGCGAGUGGAUCAUCAAACUGAGAUCGUCCAGCAGGGGGCAGUAGAGACACACAAGAUCUCCACACGAGACCUUUGACCCCUGAGGAGAACCAGAGGGUCUGUGAAGGAGUGAAAGCGCUGCUCUGAACACUGAGAUUCGUCUGACGCCGCGCCGUUAAUGAUGUUAUGAAGCUGGACUUCUGCAUUGUGUUUGGACUCUUUUGAUGUUGUGUUGUGCUGGUUUGAUGCUGAGGCCGCUUGAGAUUGUUGGAUUAUUUAUUAAGCGGCAGAGCAUCGCUGUGUUUGUAGAUGUGAUGAAUGAAUGUCCGAGGUGUUGUGUUGUACAGAUCUGGUGCCUCGCAGUAUUAAACACACGACCCCGUGUGAGUCUCAGCGUGAGUCUGGAGCGUCGCCGGACACUCGGAUAAACACGCUCUCUCUCUCUCUUCUGUUGUCUGAUCCAAAUUAUUACCUUCAGUACUACUUUUAAAUAUGUUAUUGUACUUAUUGAAGCACUUCCAAGCCUUUUGACAUCAGUUUGUCUCUGAUAGAGUUUGUAUUUCUUUGACUCUAACUUAACGUUUAAGACACAUUCAGAUAGUAUUGUGCAUCACACACACACACACACACACUCUCAUUUGUCAUUCCAGCAGCUCAUAUAGUCGUGUCAGAGUCGUGCGAGUGUUAGUGAGAUCAUGCUGUGUAAUAGUGUAUAACAUCCAUCACACACUGUCAGCCUCAUCCUGCUACACAGACACACACACACACACAGACACGCACAGAACACACACACAGACACAGACACACACACACACACACACACACACACAGACAGACACACAUGCAGAGAACACACACAGACACACACACACACAGACAGACACACAUGCAGAGAACACACACACAGAGACACAGACAGACACACACACACACAGACGAGUUUAUCGUCAGCUUUGAGAACAUUAUGUUUUCGAGUCGUUUUGCUAAUGUUCAUCUGACAGUGUCAUAAUGAAGAUGAUGUGAAACUCAAAUUAAAGCCACAUGGCGUCUCUGCGCACUUCAUAAAUAUUACUAGUCUGAUGAUGAAUUUUUGUUCUGAAAAAAACAAUCUACAAACGAGCGUUUUGAAGAAACUACCUAUUAACAUGUAUGCCAAGAAAAUGUUCUAAGAACAUUUCACUAAUGUUCCCAUUAUGUUAGAAAACAUUACGUCAAAACGUCCAGUUUUUUAUGUUUGACAAAUGUUUUUUCUUGGUUAUGCGAAUGUUAAGGGAACAUUCCAUUGUAUCAUUUUGCAAACAUUAUGGGAACGUUACUUUGUUUUCUGAACAUUCUGAAACAGGUAGUUACAUUUAAAAAAUGUUAUUUGAACGUCCAACUAAAAUGUUCCAUGAACAAUGUAUAUAAUGUUUUUGUAAGAACACAACUUUGAAUGUUCUGUUAACAUUACGGAAGACAACCUUGCCAGAAUGUUAACGAAUGUUAAUCGAAAUCUUAAUUUUACAACAAGUAUCCGAUUCUUGACCUUAAGUAUCCCAUUCUGAACUUGGAAUUGAUUUUCGAUUCCCAACCCUAAUCACUAGUAAAGAAACAGCACACUUUCCUCAACAACACAUGAUCUGAGGAAUUAUUCAUGCUUGAUCACUUGACUAGGAGAACUAGUGAUGACUGACUUAACUAACACUAUGAAACCCCAGAGUAAGCAGCACUCCUCGUGCUGGAUAUAUGUGACCCUGCAGCACAAAAGCAGUCAUAAGCAGCACAGCUAUAUUUGUAGCAAUAGCCAACAAUACAUUGUAUGGCUCAAAAUUAUACAUUUCUCUUUUAUGUCAAAAAUCAUUAGGAUAUUAAGAUCAUGUUCCAUGAAGAUAUUUUGUAAAUUUCCUACCGUAAAUGUAUCAAAACUUCAUUUUUGAUUAGUAAUAUGCAUUGCUAAGAACUUCAUUUGAACAACUUUAAAGGUGAUUUUCUCAAUAUUUAGAUGUUUUUGCACCCUCAGAUUCCAGAUUUUCAAAUAGUUGCAUCUCAGACAAAUACUGUCCGAUCCUAACAAACCAUACAUCAAUGGAAAGAUUAUUUAUUCAGAUGAUGUAGAAAUCUCAAUUUCAAAAAGUUGACCCUUAUGACUGGUUUUGUGGUCCAGGGUCACAUAUAUGUGAGGUUUCAACACCAAACACAGGCGUUCCUCCUCAUGUGAUCUGAACUGUUAGAGCUGUGUGACGCUGGCGUGUUCUUCAGUGUCUGUGUCACAGUUGGUUGGUCAGGGACAAAGACUGAAGAAGGAUGUUCUGUCAGCAGUAAUAAUCAGAUGUAGGUCAACACUGAUGCCCGCGGCCAACACAUGCGUGACUUCCCAUGAACACACAAACACUCACAUAUGUUCAUCCUCAUCACACACAAACACACACUCUCUCUUUGUGAAUUUUACUGUUUGUUUGUCAGUCAUAUGAAUAAAUGCAAAUGACAUGA